AUGGACGGCUUCAAACUCCCCGAGAUCCCAACCUUGACCUUACAAGAAGGCGUCAAGAAGGAAGAAGUCGACGCGGAAAAGAUUUCCGGUGAAUGGCUCUCCAAACUUGAAAAGCGAUUCGCUGAAAGGUCUUUCAGCAACAUCUCCGACUUGUUCAUCGACAACUGCUGGUGGAGAGACAUUGUUGGCCUCUCAUGGGAUUUCACCUGCAAGCAAGGUCAAGACAACAUCAAAAAGUACCUAGCCUCAGCGAACCAUGGCCUCUCCGAGCUACAGACCAACAAGCUUGGCGGACUGAAGCCGUUGCUCCUCGAUUUCGACGGCAUGGUCUGGAUCCAAACUGGCUUCACCUUCAAGACGCCACAUGGCGAGGGAAAGGGCUUGCUCAAGCUUGGCAACACUGGCAAAGACGAGUGGAAGGCGUGGACUGUCUUUACGCAGUUGGAGAAACUUGAUUUCCAGAAGGAAGUUGAGGAACGGCACGCGACAUCAAUUCCGAUACCAAAGACGCCCGUCACUAAUGGGGUCAACGGAGUCAACGGCAUCAAUGGACAUGCACACGCAGAGCCCGAAGAAGACCUGCAG